CGCUCGCAGCUUCAGUGUCUCAGCAUCUUAUUUGCCGUAGCGCAGCGUCUCGAUUAUUCCUUACACAAUUUAGAAGAAAAAAAACAUACUCUUGGAUCCACUUUUUGUUACAUCCAGUUAAAGACGCAAGAAACUGGUUGUAAAAGUGCUAAUAACGAAAAAUGAAAGGUUCAAGCAUUUUAGAGGAGUUCCAAACUGACGGCUUUGUGGUUUUGGAGGACUUUUUAUCAGAGGAUGAAAUUCUCAAGUUACGUCAUGCUGGAGAGGCGCUCGCUACGGAUAUGCCAGAUUCGGUCACAAUAGGCCAGUUUAGCACAGUUGACAAUCUUCCUCAAAAUAAAGAUCUUUACUUCCUUGAGAGUGGAGACAAAAUCAGAUACUUUUUAGAAACUGGAGCAGUUGGUGAAAAUGGCAAACUAACAGUUGAGAAAGGGAGAGCUCUGAAUAAGGUGGGGCAUGCUCUCCACUGGUUGCACCCAGAUUUCAAAGAAAUUACCUUCAGCAACAAAAUAAAAGACGUUUGCCGUGCCAUAGGCCUGGAAGAGCCUGCCAUUGCACAGAGCAUGUACAUUUACAAAAAUCCUGGUGUAGGAAGUGAAGUUUGUGCCCACCAAGACGCAACAUUCCUUUAUACCGAGCCCAUGAAAUUGGUUGGUUUUUGGUUUGCUUUGGACGAUGCUACUAUGCAGAAUGGGUGUCUUAAAUUUGCACCUGGCUCCCACUGUGGAGGUGUACACAGGAGGUAUGUGAGGAAAAAUGAUCCAAAUUCUGACGAACUUGUGGGCUACGAUUCUCCAGCACUGACGUAUCCCCAAUCAAAUUUUCGAUCGGUUCCAGUCAAAAGAGGUAGCUGCGUUUUGAUUCAUGGUCUGGUGGUGCAUCAAAGUGACCCUAACAGGAGCUCUAACCCACGGCACGCUUACACUUUUCAUGUGAUUGAGAGAAAAAACUGUGUGUAUUCCGAGGAAAACUGGCUCCAGCCUUCAGAAGAAUUGCCUUUUCCACUUUUGUACAAUAAUUAGUCAAAAAUGUCAUUUGGUUUUAAGAUAUUUAAAUCAAUGAAUAUAAUGAAAACAUUAUUUUAAUGUAUGUAAUACACUAAGCAAAUGUUUAAAAUAAACAUGAUAUUUCGGAAGCUGCU